AUGGACAUCCCAUUGGUUUUGGGCUUUUCAAAUGAAGACAAAGUAGAAACCAUACAGCCACAUGAUGAUGCUCUAGUGGUCACGCUGAGAAUCGGCGGGUAUGAUGUGAGAAGGGUAAUGGUUGACCAGGGUAGUGUUGCGAAUAUAAUAUUCCCUGACUUAUACAAGGGGCUAAGUUUGAGGCUUGAGCAUUUGACAACCUACAGUUCACCCUUGGUGAGUUUUGAAGGAAGAAUGGUCAUCCCAAAAGGUCAGAUAAGGCUACCUGUGCAGGCCGAUACAGAUGUGGUGGAGGUGGACUUCAUUGUCAUAGAUGUUUUCUCUCCAUACAAGGCUAUUAUAGGCCAACCCUGGCUCCAUACCCUGGGGGCAGUCUCCUCCACCCUACACCAGAAGGUUGGGGCUAAACUGCCUUCGCGAGAGAAGGCGCAGCUAGUAAAAUUCCUCAGAGAGAAUAUCAACGUGUUCACCUGGAGUCCAUAUGAAGCCCCGGGUAUAGAUCUAAACUUCAUCUGUCAUCAUCUCAAUGUCAAUCCUUCCAUUGUUCCGAAGAGACAGUCACCUCAGCGACCAUCAAAGGAGCAUGCCGAAGCUGUUAGGAGUGAAGUAGCCAAGCUCAAGUAG